AUGGAUUCCUUGACCACUCAUCCUGCGACCGCGCAACAGGCAAAAGCGUUUACGUCGCCGGCCUCUCUCUCGUUCCCAGGUGGUGCUGGCGAGCUGACUCCUCCUUCCUCCGAGAAAGAGACAAACGGCCAGGCUCUACAGUCCCAGUCCAUGCUGCAGUCCCAGUCUCAGCAGACUCCUGGUGGCAGCGCUGCGGGUGCCGGGCCCGGUGCCACUCCCGCGACCCCCGUUGCGACUCCCGGAGCAGGCCCAGGCGUGAGCGGGAUUGUACCAACGUUGCAAAAUAUCGUUGCCACCGUCAACCUUGAUUGCCGACUGGAUCUCAAGACCAUCGCCCUGCACGCGAGAAACGCGGAGUAUAAUCCCAAGCGUUUCGCCGCUGUUAUCAUGCGUAUUCGAGAACCCAAGACCACCGCCCUGAUAUUCGCAUCCGGCAAGAUGGUCGUCACCGGCGCAAAGUCAGAGGACGACUCGAAACUCGCAUCCCGAAAAUACGCACGUAUCAUACAGAAGCUUGGCUUCAACGCCAAGUUCACCGACUUCAAGAUUCAGAACAUCGUUGGCUCGUGCGAUAUCAAGUUCCCCAUCCGUCUAGAAGGCUUGGCCAGCAGACAUCACAACUUCAGCUCUUAUGAACCAGAGCUGUUCCCGGGCUUGAUCUAUCGUAUGAUGAAGCCGAAGAUCGUACUGCUCAUCUUCGUCAGUGGUAAGAUCGUGCUCACCGGUGCCAAGGUUAGGGAAGAGAUAUAUCAAGCUUUCGAGAUGAUAUAUCCCGUCUUGACCGAUUUCAGAAAAGUCUGA